AUGGUGACUCCUUCCAGAUCUGUUGAUUCGAAGAAAAGAUUAAAAUUAAACGUCACUCCAUUAAAAGAACGUGAAAUUAACGAGCCAAUUACUCCCAGUUCGACGCCUUCAAGGCUCAUAUUCGGUAAAGAGUCCAUAUAUUCUAGAACUAAGUCUCUUCUUCAGAGAUCAGCUGCUGUUACAACAAAUUCUGGUUUCCUCGUCAGUAGAAAACAACAAUAUGAUGAAAUAAUGAAUUUCUUAGAUACAAAUGUCAUGUCUCACCAAAGUAAUUCGUUGUACAUCACGGGGCCUCCAGGCACAGGUAAAACCGCUCAAGUCAGUCAAAUAAUCAGCAAAAACUUCUUACCUUUACAAGCACCGAGAGUUGCAAAUGAAAUGGAAUUACCAAAAGACCUGUUAAAUACUUCGUACUUUAAGUUAUCAAAUGGCAAAAUAGAAGCUGUGGCUUUGACAUCCAUCAACUGUAUAGCACUCAACGAUGCUUCCUCUAUUUUCAAUAAAAUUUACUCUUCUUUCUCCAAAGUAAACAAUACUCCAGUUAAAACAAUGCAAGAUUUACAAAGAUUCAUGGAAUUGUACUCAGAAAAAGUAACUUUUGUCGUUGUCUUAGAUGAAAUGGAUAAACUUUUACGUACUUCAGUGAAUGAUACUAUUGCAACAAGAUUAAUCUUUGAGCUUUUCCUCUUGGCUAAAAUGCCAAGUAUAAAUUUCCUAUUAAUAGGUAUUGCCAACAGUCUGGAUAUGAAAGAUAAAUUUUUGUCAAGAUUAAAUUUAAGAAACGACCUAUUACCAAAGACUUUAAUUUUCCAUCCUUAUUCUGCUGACGAAAUGUACAACAUUGUUAUGAAUAGAAUCAGUAUAAUAGAAGAUGACUGUAUAUUUAACCCUAUGGCUAUAAGAUUUGCUGCCAAGAGAUGUUCAGGUAAUACAGGAGAUCUCAGAAAAUUAUUCGACGUACUUAGAAAUAGUAUUGAAGUUGUUGAAUUAGAAUUAAUUGCAUCAAGGAAAAAAUCAAACAAAGAAUCUAAAUUAACAAAAGUGGGAAUGCAACAUAUCGCAAAAGUCUUCAAUCAAGUGUUAAAUAGUACGUCAACUAGAUCUAGAAUGAACAAGUUGAACAUGCAGCAACGUGUGAUGCUAUGUUCACUCGUGCAUAGAGAAAAACUAGACAUCUUCCAAAGUCAUAUUUCAAUGGAUGAUGCUUUCGAUUAUUAUUUCAGGUUAUUAUCCAAGAAGGAUGUUUUAAAACCAUUGAAAAGAAAUGAGUUUUUAGAAAUGUGUAACACUUUAGAAACGUGCGGUCUUGUAACGAUAAUAUUUGGUAAAUCAAAUGGUAAGACCAAACAUACUGUAAAAUUAAUCAAAACCAAUGUGGACGAAGCUGAGUUCCAGGAAGAAAUCACCAAAAUCGACCUAUUGAAAAACUUCAUGCUUAUUUAA